AUGUCUUUGACGGAAAAUGUAAUUGAUGAUAUUGUAGAAAGUGCAAGAUAUGGUGAACUUGAAGAAUUACAAUCAAUAAUAAAUUCAAAUCCCAUUACUUUACUUUUUGCAAAAGAUAAAUAUGGGAAUACUCCUUUACAUAUGGCAAGUGCUAAUGGACACGUGGAGAAAUUCAAAAGUUUAGAACAGAAAGAUGAUGUAAUUAACACACAAAAUGAAUCAGGAAAUACACCAUUACAUUGGAGUGCAUUGAAUGGUCAUGAAAAAGUAGUUAAAUUUUUAAUAACUAAUGGGGCUGAUAUAAAGAUCAAGAAUCAAGCAGGUAAAACUGCAAUUUAUGAAGCUCAACAAAAUAAUCAUGAAAAAAUAGUAGAAUUUAUUUUAUCUAAUGAUAAAAGUUCCGAAAAUGAAAAAAAUAUAGAUUAA